GGGUUACAAGGGGUUACAGGGGGUUACAAGGGGUUACAAGGGGUUACAAGGGGUUACAAGGGGUUACAAGGGUUACAAGGGGUGACAGGGGGUGACAAGGGGUUACAGAGGGUUACAAAGGAUUAUAGAAACUUUUUCUAAAUAGAACGUUCUCAGAUACUUUUUCUUGGUCUAUUUUGCAUAAAAAUCAAAGUUGAAGAAAUCUCAAAUUUUUGACCAAAACGAUGGACUAACCCGUUUGAAAAAAUUCUAAUUUUGCGUUUUUCGUAAACAGUUGUUUUUAUAGUCUUUAAAGGAUUCUUUUUUAUUUAGAACGUCAGCAAACACUUUUUCCCCAUGUAUUUUUGAUAAACACCAAACAUGAAAAAACUUGAACUUUUUGACACAAAUCAUGUACUAUCCCCUUUGCAAAAAUGCCAAUUUUGCCUUCUUUUUAAAUUCAUGUUUAUACUGUCUAGAAAGGCUUGUUUUCUAACGAGAACGUCACCAAAUACUUUUUCUGGGUGUAUUUUGCAUCAAACGAAACGUUCACAAAAUUUCAAAUUUUUGACCAAAACCAUUGACUAACCCCUUUGCAAAAAUGCCAAUUUUGUGGGUUUUUGAAACCGAUGUUUUUGUUCUUCAAAAAGACUUGUUUGCUAUAUAAAACGUCGAAAAUCGUUUUUUCACGAUUUAUUUUCACCAUCUAUGACAUGGGAAUACAGGGGGGUUACAAGGGGUUACAGGGGUUACAACAAGGGUUACAAGGGGGUUACAAGGGGUUACAAGGGGUUACAAGGGUUACAAGGGGUUACAAGGGGUGACAAGGGGUGACAAGGGUGACAAGGGUUACAGGGGGUUACAAAGGAUUAUAGAAACUUUUUCUAAAUAGAACGUUCCCAGAUACUUUUUCUUGGUCUAUUUUGCAUAAAAAUCAAAGUUGAAGAAAUCUCAAAUUUUUGACCAAAACGAUGGACUAACCCCUUUGAAAAAAUUCUAAUUUUGCGUUUUUCGUACACAGUUGUUUUUAUAGUCUUUAAAGGAUUCUUUUUAUUUAGAACGUCAGCAAACACUUUUUCUCGAUCCAUUUUUGAUAAACACAAAAGAUGAAAAAACUUCAACUUUUUGACCAAAAUCAUGGACUAUCCCCUUUGCAAAAAUGCCAAUUUUGUCUUCUUUUUAAAUCAAUAUUUAUAUUGUCUAGAAAAGCUUCUUUUCUAACGAGAACGUCACCAAAUACUUUUUCUGGGUGUAUUUUGCAAAAAACGAAACGUUCACAAAAUUUCAAAUUUUUGACCAAAACCAUGGACUAACCCCUUUGCAAAAAUGCUAAUUUUGUGGGUUUUUGAAACCGAUGUUUUUCUUCUUCAAAAAGGCUUGUUUGCUAUAUAAAACGUCGAAAAUCGUUUUUUCACGAUUUAUUUUCACCAUCUAUGACAUGGGAUUACAGGGGGUUACAAAGGGUUACAGGGGGUUACAAGGGGUUAAGGGGUUACAAGGGGUUACAGGGGUUACAAGAGGUUACAAGGGGUGACAGGGGGUGACAAGGGGUUACAGGGGGUUUUAAAAGGAUUAUAGAAACUUUUUCUAACUAGAACGUUCCCAGAUACGUUUUUCUUGGUCUAUUUUGCAUCAAAAAAUCAAAGUUGAAGAAAUCUCAAAUUUUUGACCAAAACGAUGGACUAACCCCUUUGAAAAAAAUUCUAAUUUUGCGUUUUUUCGUACACAGUUGUUUUAUAAUCUUUAAAGGCUUCUUUUUAUCUAGAACGUCAGCAAACACUUUUUCGCGAUCCAUUUUUGAUAAACACAAAAGAUGAAAAAACUUCAACUUUUUGACCAAAAUCAUAGACUAUCCCCUUUGCAAAAAUGCCAAUUUUGCCUUCUUUUUAAAUUCAUGUUUAUACUGUCUAGAAAGGCUUGUUUUCUAACGAGAACGUCACCAAAUACUUUUUCUGGGUGUAUUUUGCAUCAAACGAAACGUUCACAAAAUUUCAAAUUUUUGACCAAAACCAUUGACUAACCCCUUUGCAAAAAUGCCAAUUUUGUGGGUUUUUGAAACCGAUGUUUUUGUUCUUCAAAAAGACUUGUCUGCUAUAUAAAACGUCGAAUAUCUUUUUUUUACGAUUUAUUUUCACUAUCUAUGACAUGGGAAUACAGGGGGUUACAAAGAGUUACAGGGGGUUACAAGGGGUUACAAGGGGUUACAGGUGGUUACAAGAGGUUACAAGAGGUUACAAGGGGUGACAUGCGGUGACAAGGGGUUACAGAGGGUUAAAAAGGAUUAUAGAAACUUUUUUCUAGCUAAAACGUUCCCAGAUACGUUUUCUUGGUCUAUUUUGCAUAAAAAUCAAAGUUGAAGAAAUCUCAAAUUUUUCACCAAAACGAUGGACGAGCCCCUUUGAAAAAAUUCUAAUUUUUCGUUUUUCGUACACAGCUGUUUUUAUAAUCUUUAAAGGCUUCUUUUUUAUCUACAACGUCAGCAAACACUUUUUCUCGAUCCAUUUUUGAUAAACACAAAACAUGAAAAAACUUCAACUUUUUGACCAAAAUCAUGGACUAUCCCGUUUGCAAAAAUACCAAUUUUGCCUUCUUUUUAAAUCCAUGUUUAUAUUGUCUAGAAAGGCUUGUUUUCUAACUACAGCGUCACCAAAUACUUUUUCUGGGUGUAUUUUGCAUAAACGGAAACGUUUACAAAAUUUCAAAUUUUUGACCAAAACCAUGGACUAACCCCUUUGCAAAAAUGCCAAUUUUGUGGGUUUUUGAAACCGAUGUUUUUGUUGUUCAGAAAGGCUUGUUUGCUAUAUAAAACGUCGAAAAUCGUUUUCUCACGAUUUAUUUUCACCAUCUAUGACAUGGGAAUACAGGGGGUUACAAGGGGUUACAAGGGGUUACAAGGGGUUACAGGGGGUUACAAGAGGUUACAAGGGGUGACAGGGGGUGACAAGGGGUUACAGGGGGUUUCAAAGGAUUAUAGAAACUUUUCUCUAACUAGAACGUUCCCAGAUACGUUUUCUUGGUCUAUUUUGCAUCAAAAUCAAAGUUGAAGAAAUCUCAAAUUUUUGACCAAAACAAUGGACUAACCCCUUUGAAAAAAUUCUAAUUUUGCGUUUUUCGUACACAGCUGUUUUUAUAAUCUUUAAAGGCUUCUUUUUUAUCUACAACGUCAGCAAACACUUUUUCUCGAUCCAUUUUUGAUAAACACAAAACAUGAAAAAACUUCAACUUUUUGACCAAAAUCAUGGACUAUCCCCUUUGCAAAAAUGCCAAUUUUGCCUUCUUUUUAAAUCCAUGUUUAUAUUGUCUAGAAAGGCUUGUUUUCUAACCAGAGCGUCACCAAAUACUUUUUCUGGGUGUAUUUUGCAUAAAAGGAAACGUUUACAAAAUUUCAAAUUUUUGACCAAAACCAUGGACUAACCCCUUUGCAAAAAUACCAAUUUAGUGGGUUUUUGAAACCGAUGUUUUUGUUGUUCAGAAAGGCUUGUUUGCUAUAUAAAACGUCGAAAAUCGUUUUUUCACGAUUUAUUUUCACCAUCUAUGACAUGGGAAUACAGGAGGUUACAAGGGGUUACAGGGGGUUACAAGGGGUUACAAAGGGGUUACAAGGGGUUACAAGAGGUUACAAGGGUGACAGGGGGUGACAAGGGGGGUUACAGGGGGUUUCAAAGGAUUAUAGAAACUUUUCUCUAACUAGAACGUUCCCAGAUACGUUUUCUUGGUCUAUUGUGCACAAAAAUCAAACUUGAAGAAAUCUGAAAUUUUUGACCAAAACGAUGGAAAAAAUUCUAAUUUUGCAUUUUUCGUACACAGCUGUUUUUAUAAUAUUUAAAGGCUUCUUUUUUAUCUACAACAUCAGCAAACACUUUUUCUCGAUCCAUUUUUGAUAAACACAAAAGAUGAAAAAACUUCAACUUUUUGACCAAAAUCAUGGACUAUCCCCUUUGCAAAAAUGCCAAUUUUGCCUUCUUUUUAAAUCCAUGUUUAUAUUGUCUAGAAAGGCUUGUUUUCUAACCAGAGCGUCACCAAAUACUUUUUCUGGGUGUAUUUUGCAUAAAAGGAAACGUUUACAAAAUUUCAAAUUUUUGACCAAAACCAUGGACUAACCCCUUUGCAAAAAUACCAAUUUAGUGGGUUUUUGAAAUCGAUGUUUUUGUUGUUCAGAAAGGCUUGUUUGCUAUAUAAAACGUCAAAAAUUGUUGUUUCCCCAUUUAUUUUAACCGUCUAUGACAUGGGAAUACAGGGGGUUACAAGGGGUUACAGGGGGUUACAAGGGGUUACAAGGGGUUACAGGGGGUUACAAGAGGUUACAAGGGGUUACAGGGGGUCAAAAGGGGUUACAGGGGGUUUCAAAGGAUUAUAGAAACUUUUCUCUAACUAGAACGUUCCCAGAUACGUUUUCUUGGUCUAUUGUGCACAAAAAUCAAACUUGAAGAAAUCUGAAAUUUUUGACCAAAACGAUGGAAAAAAUUCUAAUUUUGCGUUUUUCGUACACAGCUGUUUUUAUAAUAUUUAAAGGCUUCUUUUUUAUCUACAACGUCAGCAAACACUUUUUGUCGAUCCAUUUUUGAUAAACACAAAAGAUGAAAAAACUUCAACUUUUUGACCAAAAUCAUGGACUAUCUCCUUUGCAAAAAUGCCAAUUUUGCCUUCUUUUUAAAUCCAUGUUUAUAUUGUCUAGAAAGGCUUGUUUUCUAACCAGAGCGUCACCAAAUACUUUUUCUGGGUGUAUUUUGGAUAAAAAGAAACGUUCACAAAAUUUCAAAUUUUUGACCAAAACCAUGGACUAACCCCUUUGCAAAAAUACCAAUUUUGUGGGUUUUUGAAAUCGAUGUUUUUGUUGUUCAGAAAGGCUUGUUUGCUAUAUAAAACGUCAAAAAUCGUUGUUUCCCCAUUUAUUUUCACCGUCUAUGACAUGGGAAUACAGGGGGUUACCAGGGGUUACAGGGGGUUACAAGGGGUUACAAGGGGUUACAGGGGGUUACAAGAGGUUACAAGGGGUGACAGGGGGUGACAAGGGGUUACAGGGGGUUUCAAAGGAUUAUAGAAACUUUUCUCUAACUAGAACGUUCCCAGAUACGUUUUCUUGGUCUAUUGUGCACAAAAAUCAAACUUGAAGAAAUCUGAAAUUUUUGACCAAAACGAUGGAAAAAAUUCUAAUUUUGCGUUUUUCGUACACAGCUGUUUUUAUAAUAUUUAAAGGCUUCUUUUUUAUCUACAACGUCAGCAAACACUUUUUCUCGAUCCAUUUUUGAUAAACACAAAAGAUGAAAAAACUUCAACUUUUUGACCAAAAUCAUGGACUAUCCCCUUUGCAAAAAUGCCAAUUUUGCCUUCUUUUUAAAUCCAUGUUUAUAUUGUCUAGAAAGGCUUGUUUUCUAACCAGAGCGUCACCAAAUACUUUUUCUGGGUGUAUUUUGCAUAAACGGAAACGUUUACCAAAUUUCAAAUUUUUGACCAAAACCAUGGACUAACCCCUUUGCAAAAAUACCAAUUUAGUGGGUUUUUUGAAAUCGAUGUUUUUGUUGUUCAGAAAGGCUUGUUUGCUAUAUAAAACGUCAAAAAUUGUUGUUUCCCUAUUUAUUUUAACCGUCUAUGACAUGGGAAUACAGGGGGUUACAAGGGGUUACAGGGGGUUACAAGGGGUUACAAGGGGUUACAAGAGGUUACAGGGGUUACAAGGGUUACAAGGGGUGACAGGGGUGACAGGGGUGACAAGGGGUUACAGAGGGUUAAAAGGAUUAUAGAAACUUUUCUCUAACUAGAACGUUCCCAGAUACGUUUUCUUGGUCUAUUGUGCACAAAAAUCAAACUUGAAGAAAUCUGAAAUUUUUGACCAAAACGAUGGAAAAAAUUCUAAUUUUGCGUUUUUCGUACACAGCUGUUUUUAUAAUAUUUAAAGGCUUCUUUUUUAUCUACAACGUCAGCAAACACUUUUUCUCGAUCCAUUUUUGAUAAACACAAAAGAUGAAAAAACUUCAACUUUUUGACCAAAAUCAUGGACUAUCCCCUUUGCAAAAAUGCCAAUUUUGCCUUCUUUUUAAAUCCAUGUUUAUAUUGUCUAGAAAGGCUUGUUUUCUAACCAGAGCGUCACCAAAUACUUUUUCUGGGUGUAUUUUGCAUAAAAGGAAACGUUUACAAAAUUUCAAAUUUUUGACCAAAACCAUGGACUAACCCCUUUGCAAAAAUACCAAUUUUGUGGGUUUUUGAAAUCGAUGUUUUUGUUGUUCAGAAAGGCUUGUUUGCUAUAUAAAACGUCAAAAAUCGUUGUUUCCCCAUUUAUUUUCACCGUCUAUGACAUGGGAAUACAGGGGGUUACAAGGGGUUAGAGGGGGUUACAAGGGGUUACAAGGGGUUACAAGAGGUUACAGGGGGUUACAAGAGGUUACAAGGGGUGACAGGGGGUGACAAGGGGUUACAGAGGGUUACAAAGGAUUAUAGAAACUUUUUUCUAACUAGAACGUUCCCAGAUACGUUUUCUUGGUCUAUUUUGCAUCAAAAUCAAAGUUGAAGAAAUCUCAAAUUUUUCACCAAAACGAUGGACUAACCCCUUUGAAAAAAUUCUAAUUUUGCGUUUUUCGUACACAGCUGUUUUUAUAAUCUUUAAAGGCUUCUUUUUUAUCUACAACGUCAGCAAACACUUUUUCUCGAUCCAUUUUUGAUAAACACAAAAGAUGAAAAAACUACAACUUUUUGACCAAAAUCAUGGACUAUCCCCUUUGCAAAAAUGCCAAUUUUGCCUUCUUUUUAAAUCCAUGUUUAUAUUGUCUAGAAAGGCUUGUUUUCUAACCAGAGCGUCACCAAAUACUUUUUCUGGGUGUAUUUUGGAUAAAAAGAAACGUUCACAAAAUUUCAAAUUUUUGACCAAAACCAUGGACUAACCCCUUUGCAAAAAUACCAAUUUUGUGGGUUUUUGAAAUCGAUGUUUUUGUUGUUCAGAAAGGCUUGUUUGCUAUAUAAAACGUCAAAAAUCGUUGUUUCCCCAUUUAUUUUCACCGUCUAUGACAUGGGAAUACAGGGGGUUACAAGGGGUUACAGGGGGUUACAAGGGGUUACAAGGGGUUACAGGGGGUUACAAGAGGUUACAAGGGGUGACAGGGGGUGACAAGGGGUUACAGGGGGUUUCAAAGGAUUAUAGAAACUUUUCUCUAACUAGAACGUUCCCAGAUACGUUUUCUUGGUCUAUUUUGCAUCAAAAUCAAAGUUGAAGAAAUCUCAAAUUUUUGACCAAAACGAUGGACUAACCCCUUUGAAAAAAUUCUAAUUUUGCGUUUUUCGUACACAGCUGUUUUUAUAAUAUUUAAAGGCUUCUUUUUUAUCUACAACGUCAGAAAACACUUUUUCUCGAUCCAUUUUUGAUAAACACAAAAGAUGAAAAAACUACAACUUUUUGACCAAAAGCAUGGACUAUCCCCUUUGCAAAAAUGCCAAUUUUGCCUUCUUUUUAAAUCCAUGUUUAUAUUGUCUAGAAAGGCUUGUUUUCUAACCAGAGCGUCACCAAAUACUUUUUCUGGGUGUAUUUUGCAUAAAAGGAAACGUUUACAAAAUUUCAAAUUUUUGACCAAAACCAUGGACUAACCCCUUUGCAAAAAUGCCAAUUUUGUGGGUUUUUGAAACCGAUGUUUUUGUUGUUCAGAAAGGCUUGUUUGCUAUAUAAAACGUCGAAAAUCGUUUUUUCACGAUUUAUUUUAACCAUCUAUGACAUGGGAAUACAGGGGGUUACAAGGGGUUACAAGGGGUGGGGGUUACAAGAGGUUACAAGGGGUGACAGGGGGUGACAAGGGGUUACAGGGGGUUUCAAAGGAUUAUAGAAACUUUUCUCUAACUAGAACGUUCCCAGAUACGUUUUCUUGGUCUAUUUUGCACAAAAAUCAAAGUUGAAGAUCUCAAAUCUUUGACCAAAACGAUGGACUAACCCCUUUCAAAAAAUUCUAAUUUUGCGUUUUUCGUACACAGCUGUUUUUAUAAUCUUUAAAGGCUUCUUUUUUAUCUAGAACGUCAGCAAACACUUUUUGUCGAUCCAUUUUUGAUAAACACAAAAGAUGAAAAAACUACAACUUUUUGACCAAAAUCAUGGACUAUCCCCUUUGCAAAAAUGCCAAUUUUGCCUUCUUUUUAAAUCCAUGUUUAUAUUGUCUAGAAAGGCUUGUUUUCUAACCAAAGCGUCACCAAAUACGUUUUCUGGGUGUAUAUUGCAUAGAAAGAAACGUUCACAAAAUUUCAAAUUUUUGACCAAAACCAUGGACUAACCCCUUUGCAAAAAUGCCAAUUUUGUGGGUUUUUGAAACCGAUGUUUUUGUUGUUCAGAAAGGCUUGUUUGCUAUAUAAAACGUCGAAAAUCGUUUUUUCACGAUUUAUUUUCACCAUCUAUGACAUGGGAAUACAGGGGGUUACAAGGGGUUACAGGGGGUUACAAGGGGUUACAAGGGGUUACAGGGGGUUACAAGAGGUUACAAGGGGUGACAGGGGGUGACAAGGGGUUACAGGGGGUUUCAAAGGAUUAUAGAAACUUUUCUCUAACUAGAACGUUCCCAGAUACGUUUUCUUGGUCUAUUUUGCAUCAAAAUCAAAGUUGAAGAAAUCUCAAAUUUUUCACCAAAACGAUUGACUAACCCCUUUGAAAAAAUUCUAAUUUUGCGUUUUUCGUACACAGCUGUUUUUAUAAUCUAUAAAGGCUUCUUUUUUAUCUAGAACGUCAGCAAACACUUUUUGUCGAUCCAUUUUUGAUAAACACAAAAGAUGAAAAAACUACAACUUUUUGACCAAAAUCAUAGACUGUCCCCUUUGCAAAAAAGCCAAUUUUGCCUUCUUUUUAAAUCCAUGUUUAUAUUGUCUAGAAAGGCUUGUUUUCUAACCAAAGCGUCACCAAAUACUUUUUCUGGGUGUAUUUUGGAUAAAAAGAAACGUUCACAAAAUUUCAAAUUUUUGACCAAAACCAUGGACUAACCCCUUUGCAAAAAUACCAAUUUUGUGGGUUUUUGAAAUCGAUGUUUUUGUUGUUCAGAAAGGCUAGUUUGCUAUAUAAAACGUCAAAAAUCGUUGUUUCCCCAUUUAUUUUCACCGUCUAUGACAUGGGAAUACAGGGGGUUACAAGGGGUUACAGGGGGUUACAAGGGGUUACAAGGGGUUACAAGAGGUUACAGGGGGUUACAAGAGGUUACAAGGGGUGACAUGGGGUGACAAGGGGUUACAGAGGGUUAAAAAGGAUUAUAGAAACUUUUUUCUAGCUAAAACGUUCCCAGAUACGUUUUCUUGGUCUAUUUUGCAUCAAAAUCAAAGUUGAAGAAAUCUCAAAUUUUUGACCAAAACGAUGGACUAACCCCUUUGAAAAAAUUCUAAUUUUGCGUUUUUCGUACACAGCUGUUUUGAUAAUCUUUAAAGCCUUCUUUUCUAUCUAAAACGUCAGCAAACACUUUUUCUCGAUCCAUUUUUGAUAAACACAAAAGAUGAAAAAACUACAACUUUUCGACCAAAAUCAUGGACUAUCCCCUUUGCAAAAAUGCCAAUUUUGCCUUCUUUUUAAAUCCAUGUUUAUAUUGUCUAGAAAGGCUUGUUUUCUAACCAAAGCGUCACCAAAUACUUUUUCUGGGUGUAUAUUGCAUAAAAAGAAACGUUCACAAAAUUUCUAACUUUUGACCAAAACCAUGGACUAACCCCUUUGCAAAAAUGCCAAUUUUGUGGGUUUUUGAAACCGAUGUUUUUGUUGUUCAGAAAGGCUUGUUUGCUAUAUAAAACGUCGAAAAUCGUUUUUUCACGAUUUAUUUUCACCAUCUAUGACAUGGGAAUACAGGGGGUUACAAGGGGUUACAGGGGGUUACAAGGGGUUACAAGGGGUUACAGGGGGUUACAAGAGGUUACAAGGGGUGACAGGGGGUGACAAGGGGUUACAGGGGGUUUCAAAGGAUUAUAGAAACUUUUCUCUAACUAGAACGUUCCCAGAUACGUUUUCUUGGUCUAUUGUGCACAAAAAUCAUAGUUGAAGAAAUCUCAAAUUUUUUACCAAACCGAUGGACUAACCCCUUUGAAAAAAUUCUAAUUUUGCGUUUUUCGUACACAGCUGUUUUGAUAAUCUUUAAAGCCUUCUUUUCUAUCUAAAACGUCAGCAAACACUUUUUCUCGAUCCAUUUUUGAUAAACACAAAAGAUGAAAAAACUACAACUUUUUGACCAAAAUCAUGGACUAUCCCCUUUGCAAAAAUGCCAAUUUUGCCUUCUUUUUAAAUCCAUGUUUAUAUUGUCUAGAAAGGCUUGUUUUCUAACCAAAGCGUCACCAAAUACGUUUUCUGGGUGUAUAUUGCAUAAAAAGAAACGUUCACAAAAUUUCAAAUUUUUGACCAAAACCAUGGACUAACCCCUUUGCAAAAAUGCCAAUUUUGUGGGUUUUUGAAACCGAUGUUUUUGUUGUUCAGAAAGGCUUGUUUGCUAUAUAAAACGUCGAAAAUCGUUUUUUCACGAUUUAUUUUCACCAUCUAUGACAUGGGAAUACAGGGGGUUACAAGGGGUUACAGGGGGUUACAAGGGGUUACAAGGGGUUACAGGGGGUUACAAGAGGUUACAAGGGGUGACAGGGGGUGACAAGGGGUUACAGGGGGUUUCAAAGGAUUAUAGAAACUUUUCUCUAACUAGAACGUUCCCAGAUACGUUUUCUUGGUCUAUUGUGCACAAAAAUCAAAGUUGAAGAAAUCUCAAAUUUUUGACCAAAACGAUGGACUAACCCCUUUGAAAAAAUUCUAAUUUUGCGUUUUUCGUACACAGCUGUUUUGAUAAUCUUUAAAGGCUUCUUUUUUAUCUACAACGUCAGCAAACACUUUUUCUCGAUCCAUUUUUGAUAAACACAAAAGAUGAAAAAACUACAACUUUUUGACCAAAAUCAUGGACUAUCCCCUUUGCAAAAAUGCCAAUUUUGCCUUCUUUUUAAAUCCAUGUUUAUAUUGUCCAGAAAGGCUUGUUUUCUAACCAAAGCGUCACCAAAUACUUUUUCUGGGUGUAUAUUGCAUAAAAAGAAACGUUCACAAAAUUUCAAAUUUUUGACCAAAACCAUGGACUAACCCCUUUGCAAAAAUGCCAAUUUUGUGGGUUUUUGAAACCGAUGUUUUUGUUGUUCAGAAAGGCUUUUUUGCUAUAUAAAACGUCGAAAAUCGUUUUUUCACGAUUUAUUUUCACCAUCUAUAACAUGGGAAUACAGGGGGUUACAAGGGGUUACAGGGCGUUACAAGGGGUUACAAGGAGUUACAGGGGGUUACAAGAGGUUACAAGGGGUGACAGGGGGUGACAAGGGGUUACAGGGGGUUUUAAAGGAUUAUGGAAACUUUUCUCUAACUAGAACGUUCCCAGAUACGUUUUCUUGGUCUAUUGUGCACAAAAAUCAUAGUUGAAGAAAUCUCAAAUUUUUUACCAAACCGAUGGACUAACCCCUUUGAAAAAAUUCUAAUUUUGCGUUUUUCGUACACAGCUGUUUUGAUAAUCUUUAAAGCCUUCUUUUUUAUCUAAAACGUCAGCAAACACUUUUUCUCGAUCCAUUUUUGAUAAACACAAAAGAUGAAAAAACUACAACUUUUCGACCAAAAUCAUGGACUAUCCCCUUUGCAAAAAUGCCAAUUUUGCCUUCUUUUUAAAUCCAUGUUUAUAUUGUCUAGAAAGGCUUGUUUUCUAACCAAAGCGUCACCAAAUACUUUUUCUGGGUGUAUAUUGCAUAAAAAGAAACGUUCACAAAAUUUCUAACUUUUGACCAAAACCAUGGACUAACCCCUUUGCAAAAAUGCCAAUUUUGUGGGUUUUUGAAACCGAUGUUUUUGUUGUUCAGAAAGGCUUGUUUGCUAUAUAAAACGUCGAAAAUCGUUUUUUCACGAUUUAUUUUCACCAUCUAUGACAUGGGAAUACAGGGGGUUACAAGGGGUUACAGGGGGUUACAAGGGGUUACAAGGGGUUACAGGGGGUUACAAGAGGUUACAAGGGGUGACAGGGGGUGACAAGGGGUUACAGGGGGUUUCAAAGGAUUAUAGAAACUUUUCUCUAACUAGAACGUUUCCAGAUACGUUUUCUUGGUCUAUUUUGCAUCAAAAUCAAAGUUGAAGAAAUCUCAAAUUUUUGACCAAAACGAUGGACUAACCCCUUUGAAAAAAUUCUAAUUUUGCGUUUUUCGUACACAGCUGUUUUUAUAAUAUUUAAAGGCUUCUUUUUUAUCUACAACGUCAGAAAACACUUUUUGUCGAUCCAUUUUUGAUAAACACAAAACAUGAAAAAACUUCAACUUUUUGACCAAAAUCAUGGAUUAUCCCCUUUGCAAAAAUGCCAAUUUUACCUUCUUUUUAAAUCCAUGUUUAUAUUGUCUAGAAAGGCUUGUUUUUUAACCAGAGCGUCACCAAAUACUUUUUCUGGGUGUAUAUUGCAUAAAAAGAAACGUUCACAAAAUUUCAAAUUUUUGACCAAAACCAUGGACUAACCCCUUUGCAAAAAUGCCAAUUUUGUGGGUUUUUGAAACCGAUGUUUUUGUUGUUCAGAAAGGCUUGUUUGCUAUAUAAAACGUCAAAAAUUGUUGUUUCCCCAUUUAUUUUAACCGUCUAUGACAUGGGAAUACGGGGGGUUACAAGGGGUUACAGGGGGUUACAAGGGGUUACAGGGGGUUACAAGGGGUUACAAGGGGUUACAGGGGGUUACAAGAGGUUACAAGGGGUGACAUGGGGUGACAAGGGGUUACAGAGGGUUAAAAAGGAUUAUAGAAACUUUUUUCUAACUAAAACGUUCCCAGAUACGUUUUCUUGGUCUAUUUUGCAUCAAAAUCAAAGUUGAAGAAAUCUCAAAUUUUUGACCAAAACGAUGGACUAACCCCUUUGAAAAAAUUCUAAUUUUUCGUUUUUCGUACACAGCUGUUUUUAUAAUAUUUAAAGGCUUCUUUUUUAUCUACAACGUCAGAAAACACUUUUUCUCGAUCCAUUUUUGAUAAACACAAAACAUGAAAAAACUUCAACUUUUUGACCAAAAUCAUGGAUUAUCCCCUUUGCAAAAAUGCCAAUUUUACCUUCUUUUUAAAUCCAUGUUUAUAUUGUCUAGAAAGGCUUGUUUUUUAACCAGAGCGUCACCAAAUACUUUUUCUGGGUGUAUAUUGCAUAAAAAGAAACGUUCACAAAAUUUCAAAUUUUUGACCAAAACCAUGGACUAACCCCUUUGCAAAAAUGCCAAUUUUGUGGGUUUUUGAAACCGAUGUUUUUGUUGUUCAGAAAGGCUUGUUUGCUAUAUAAAACGUCGAAAAUCGUUUUUUCACGAUUUAUUUUCACCAUCUAUGACAUGGGAAUACAGGGGGGGGGUUACAAGGGGUUACAGGGGGGUUACAAGGGGUUACAAGGGGUUACAGGGGUUACAAGAGGUUACAAGGGGUGACAGGGGGUGACAAGGGGUUACAGGGGGUUUCAAAGGAUUAUAGAAACUUUUCUCUAACUAGAACGUUCCCAGAUACGUUUUCUUGGUCUAUUUUGCAUCAAAAUCAAAGUUGAAGAAAUCUCAAAUUUUUGACCAAAACGAUGGACUAACCCCUUUGAAAAAAUUCUAAUUUUGCGUUUUUCGUACACAGCUGUUUUUAUAAUCUUUAAAGGCUUCUUUUUUAUCUACAACGUCAGCAAACACUUUUUCUCGAUCCAUUUUUGAUAAACACAAAACAUGAAAAAACUUCAACUUUUUGACCAAAAUCAUGGACUAUCCCCUUUGCAAAAAUGCCAAUUUUGCCUUCUUUUUAAAUCCAUGUUUAUAUUGUCUAGAAAGGCUUGUUUUCUAACCAGAGCGUCACCAAAUACUUUUUCUGGGUGUAUAUUGCAUAAAAAGAAACGUUCACAAAAUUUCAAAUUUUUGACCAAAACCAUGGACUAACCCCUUUGCAAAAAUGCCAAUUUUGUGGGUUUUUGAAACCGAUGUUUUUGUUGUUCAGAAAGGCUUGUUUGCUAUAUAAAACGUCGAAAAUCGUUUUUUCACGAUUUAUUUUCACCAUCUAUGACAUGGGAAUACAGGGGGUUACAAGGGGUUACAGGGGGUUACAAGGGGUUACAAGGGGUUACAAGGGGUUACAAGGGGUUACAGUGGGUUACAAGAGGUUACAAGGGGUGACAGGGGGUGACAAGGGGUUACUGGGGGUUUCAAAGGAUUAUAGAAACUUUUCUCUAACUAGAACGUUCCCAGAUACGUUUUCUUGGUCUAUUUUGCAUCAAAAUCAAAGUUGAAGAAAUCUCAAAUUUUUGACCAAAACGAUGGACUAACCCCUUUGAAAAAAUUCUAAUUUUUCGUUUUUCGUACACAGCUGUUUUUAUAAUCUUUAAAGGCUUCUUUUUUAUCUACAACGUCAGCAAACACUUUUUGUCGAUCCAUUUUUGAUAAACACAAAAGAUGAAAAAACUACAACUUUUUGACCAAAAUCAUGGACUAUCCCCUUUGCAAAAAUGCCAAUUUUGCCUUCUUUUUAAAUCCAUGUUUAUAUUGUCUAGAAAGGCUUGUUUUCUAACCAGAGCGUCACCAAAUACUUUUUCUGGGUGUAUAUUGCAUAAAAAGAAACGUUCACAAAAUUUCAAAUUUUUGACCAAAACCAUGGACUAACCCCUUUGCAAAAAUACCAAUUUAGUGGGUUUUUGAAAUCGAUGUUUUUGUUGUUCAGAAGGGCUUGUUUGCUAUAUAAAACGUGAAAAAUUGUUGUUUCCCCAUUUAUUUUCACCGUCUAUGACAUGGGAAUACAGGGGGUUACAAGGGGUUACAGGGGGUUACAAGGGGUUACAAGGGCUUACAACAGGUUACAGGGGGUUACAAGAGGUUACAAGGGGUGACAUGGGGUGACAAGGGGUUACAGAGGGUUAAAAAGGAUUAUAGAAACUUUUUUCUAACUAAAACGUUCCCAGAUACGUUUUCUUGGUCUAUUUUGCAUCAAAAUCAAAGUUGAAGAAAUCUCAAAUUUUUGACCAAAACGAUGGACUAACCCCUUUGAAAAAAUUCUAAUUUUGCGUUUUUCGUACACAGCUGUUUUUAUAAUCUUUAAAGGCUUCUUUUUUAGCUACAACGUCAGCAAACACUUUUUCUCGAUCCAUUUUUGAUAAACACAAGAGAUGAAAAAACUUCAACUUUUUGACCAAAAUCAUGGACUAUCCCCUUUGCAAAAAUGCCAAUUUUGCCUUCUUUUUAAAUCCAUGUUUAUAUUGUCUAGAAAGGCUUGUUUUCUAACCAGAGCGUCACCAAAUACUUUUUCUGGGUGUAUAUUGCAUAAAAAGAAACGUUCACAAAAUUUCAAAUUUUUGACCAAAACCAUGGACUAACCCCUUUGCAAAAAUGCCAAUUUUGUGGGUUUUUGAAACCGAUGUUUUUGUUGUUCAGAAAGGCUUGUUUGCUAUAUAAAACGUCGAAAAUCGUUUUUUCACGAUUUAUUUUCACCAUCUAUGACAUGGGAAUACAGGAGUUACAACGGGUUACAGGGGUUACAAGGGGUUACAAGGGGUUACAAGGGGUUACAAGGGGUUACAAGGGGGGUACAAGGGGUUACAGAGGGUUACAAGGGUUACAAGGGGUGACAUGGGGUGACAAGGGGUUACAGAGGGUUAAAAAGGAUUAUAGAAACUUUUUUCUAACUAAAACGUUCCCAGAUACGUUUUCUUGGUCUAUUUUGCAUCAAAAUCAAAGUUGAAGAAAUCUCAAAUUUUUGACCAAAACGAUGGACUAACCCCUUUGAAAAAAUUCUAAUUUUUCGUUUUUCGUACACAGCUGUUUUUAUAAUCUUUAAAGGCUUCUUUUUUAUCUACAACGUCAGCAAACACUUUUUGUCGAUCCAUUUUUGAUAAACACAAAAGAUGAAAAAACUACAACUUUUUGACCAAAAUCAUGGACUAUCCCCUUUUCAAAAAUACCAAUUUUGCCUUCUUUUUAAAUCCAUGUUUAUAUUGUCUAGAAAGGCUUGUUUUCUAACCAAAGCGUCACCAAAUACUUUUUCUGGGUGUAUAUUGCAUAAAAAGAAACGUUCACAAAAUUUCAAAUUUUUGACCAAAACCAUGGACUAACCCCUUUGCAAAAAUGCCAAUUUUGUGGGUUUUUGAAACCGAUGUUUUUGUUGUUCAGAAAGGCUUGUUUGCUAUAUAAAACGUCAAAAAUUGUUGUUUCCCCAUUUAUUUUAACCGUCUAUGACAUGGGAAUACAGGGGAGUACAAGGGGUUACAGGGGGUUACAAGGGGUUACAAGGGGUUACAAGAGGUUACAGGGGGUUACAAGAGGUUACAAGGGGUGACAUGGGGUGACAAGGGGUUACAGAGGGUUAAAAAGGAUUAUAGAAACUUUUUUCUAACUAAAACGUACCCAGAUACGUUUUCUUGGUCUCUUUUGCAGCAAAAUCAAAGUUGAAGAAAUCUCAAAUUUUUGACCAAAACGAUGGACUAACCCCUUUGAAAAAAUUCUAAUUUUUCGUUUUUCGUACACAGCUGUUUUUAUAAUCUUUAAAGGCUUCUUUUUUAUCUACAACGUCAGCAAACACUUUUUGUCGAUCCAUUUUUGAUAAACACAAAAGAUGAAAAAACUUCAACUUUUUGACCAAAAUCAUGGACUAUCCCCUUUGCAAAAAUGCCAAUUUUGCCUUCUUUUUAAAUCCAUGUUUAUAUUGUCUAGAAAGGCUUGUUUUCUAACCAAAGCGUCACCAAAUACUUUUUCUGGGUGUAUAUUGCAUAAAAAGAAACGUUCACAAAAUUUCAAAUUUUUGACCAAAACCAUGGACUAACCCCUUUGCAAAAAUACCAAUUUAGUGGGUUUUUGAAAUCGAUGUUUUUGUUGUUCAGAAAGGCUUGUUUGCUAUAUAAAACGUCAAAAAUUGUUGUUUCCCCAUUUAUUUUAACCGUCUAUGACAUGGGAAUACAGGGGGUUACAAGGGGUUAAGGGGGGUUACAAGGGGUUACAAGGGGUUACAAGAGGUUACAGGGGGUUACAAGAGGUUACAAGGGGUGACAUGGGGUGACAAGGGGUUACAGAGGGUUAAAAAGGCUUAUAGAAACUUUUUUCUAACUAAAACGUUCCCAGAUACGUUUUCUUGGUCUAUUUUGCAUCAAAAUCAAAGUUGAAGAAAUCUCAAAUUUUUGACCAAAACGAUGGACUAACCCCUUUGAAAAAAUUCUAAUUUUGCGUUUUUCGUACACAGCUGUUUUUAUAAUAUUUAAAGGCUUCUUUUUUAUCUACAACGUCAGCAAACACUUUUUCUCGAUCCAUUUUUGAUAAACACAAAAGAUGAAAAAACUUCAACUUUUUGACCAAAAUCAUGGACUAUCCCCUUUGCAAAAAUGCCAAUUUUGCCUUCUUUUUAAGUCAAUAUUUAUAUUGUCUAGAAAAUCUUGUUUUCUAACGAGAACGUCACCAAAUACUUUUUCUGGGUGUAUGUUGCAAAAAACGAAACGUUGACAAAAUUUCAAAUUUUUGACCAAAACCAUGGACUAACCCCCUUGCAAAAAUACUAAUUUUGUGAGUUUUUCAAAUCGAUGUUUUUGUGGUUCAAAAAGCCUUGUUUGCUAUAUAAAACGUCGAAAAUCGUUUUUUCACGAUUUAUUUUUACCAUCUAUGACAUGGGAACGCAGGGGGUUACAAGGGGUGACAGGAGGUUACAAGGGGUUACAGGGGGUUACAAGAGGUUACAAGGGGUGA